GCCGAGCUUUUCCUCCUUCCUUCUCUGUAUACGGAAGUAGCCGGGCCUGCUUUUGCUUAGUGCUCUCCUCACGGGAGUGGGGGAUCCUCAGUCCUCCCCUCGCCAUGGCACCUCCGCCUGCUCCCGCACCUCUCCAACCCAUGACCAGCUGCGGCCCGUGGGAAAUGCGGGAGCGCCUCGGCACCGGAGGUUUCGGCAACGUUAUCCGCUGGCAAAACAAGGAAACUGGGGAAGAAAUUGCUAUCAAACAGUGUCGUCAGGAGCUUAGCCCACGCAACAAAGAAAGGUGGUGUUUGGAAAUCCAAAUCAUGAAACGUCUAAACCAUCCCAACGUGGUGGCUGCCCGAGAUGUCCCAGAAGGGAUGCAAAAUCUUGCACUUAAUGACUUGCCGCUGCUGGCUAUGGAGUACUGCCAGGGAGGAGAUCUCAGAAGGCAUCUGAACCAACUUGAGAAUUGCUGUGGCCUGCGUGAGAAGGCUAUCCUCAUCUUGUUGUCAGACAUUGCCUCUGCUCUCAGAUACCUUCAUGAGAACAGGAUCAUCCACAGAGACCUGAAACCAGAAAACAUUGUCUUACAACAAGGAAAAGAACGGUUAAUACACAAGAUAAUUGAUUUGGGGUAUGCCAAAGAUCUGGAUCAAGGCAGCCUUUGCACUUCCUUUGUUGGGACAUUACAAUAUCUGGCCCCAGAGUUGCUGGAGGAGCAGAAAUAUACAGUGACAGUGGAUUACUGGAGCUUUGGUACAUUGGCAUUUGAGUGUAUAACAGGCUUCCGACCUUUUCUGCCUUCCUGGCAACUAGUGCAAUGGCAUGCAAAAGUCCGAAAGAAGAGUGAACUAGAUAUUGUUGUCUAUGAAGAUUUGUCAGGAGAAGUGAAAUUUUCUAGCAAACUGCCAUACCCCAACAAUCUGAACAGUGUUUUGGCUGAUCGACUGGAGAAAUGGCUACAGCUUAUGCUCAAAUUGCAUCCACGGCAGAGAGGCACUGACCCUGCAUAUGGCCCCAAUGGCUGUUUCAAGGCUUUGGAUGAUAUCCUGAAUUUAAAACUGGUGCAUAUCCUAAACAUGGUAACGGGGGUUGUACAUGUGUAUCCUCUGGCAGAGGAAGAAACCUUGCAGAGUGUGAAAGCCAAGAUCCAGGCAGAUACCUGCAUCCCAGAGCAGGAUCAGGAGCUGCUCCAGGAAGGGGGGUUGGCCCUAUUUUCUGAGAAACCAGCCAUUCAGUAUCUGACUGACAUAAAGCUAAAUGAUGCCACAGCUGCUGAUACAGGCCUUUUUUUCCUGUUCGACAACCGAAAAGUCACCUACAAGCCUCAGAUCUCCCCAUGGUCUCAUCUGGAAAGCAUUAACAGUAUCCUUCAGGAUCCAAAGAAGAACCUCACCUUCCUCCAGCUCCGCAAAGUAUGGGGGCAAGUCUGGCAUACUAUCCGAAGUCUGAAUGAGGACUUUAACCAGCUUCAGCAUGGUCAGCGGGCAGCCAUGAGGAACCUGUUACGCCACAACAGCACCCUUUCCAAGAUGAAGAACACUAUGGCCUCCCUGUCACAACAGCUGAAGGCAAAGCUGGACUUCUUCAAAGCCAGCAUCCAGAUUGACUUGGAGAAGUACAACGAGCAAACUGAAUUUGGAAUCACUUCUGAGAAACUGCUGCUUGCAUGGAAGGAAAUGGAGCAGACAGUAGAGCUCUAUGGGCGGGAGGAGGAAGUUGAGCAGCUGGUGAAGAAGACAAUGGCGCUGCAGACAGAUAUUGUGGACCUGCAGAGAAUCCCACAGGGCCCAAAACAAGGGAGCUCUUUGGAUGCCCUAGAGGGACAAGCGAAGGACUUGUACCAGAGACUGAGGGAAAAGCCAAGAGACCAAAGGACUAGCGGAGACAGCCAAGAAGUAGCACGACUUCUCCUGCAGGCAAUCCAGACCUUUGAAAAGAAAGUCGGCCUCCUCUAUGCUCAGCUCAGUAAAACAGUUGUCUGCAAGCAAAAGGCACUUGAGUUAUUUCCUAAAGUGGAUGAGGUAAUGAGCCUGAUGAAUGAAGAUGAGAAAAUGGUUGUCGAGCUUCAGGAUAAACGGCAGAAAGAACUGUGGAACCUGCUGAAAAUUGCCUGUAGCAAGGUACGUGGACCUGUCAGUGGCAGCCCAGAUAGCAUAAACAUAUCACGCCUUAGUAAUCCUGGUCAACUCUCACUGCAGGUUCCAGCUUCCCACAGUAAUUUACUGGAUCCUGGGAUUAAAAGUGAGGAGCUACUGAUGGAAUCUCAGAGUCUCUGCAGUCAACUAGAGCAUGUGAUGCUUGACACAAUGAAGGAUCAAGAGCACAGCUUUAUGACUCUGGACUGGAGUUGGCUGAAACUUCAAGAGGAAGAUCGAGCGAGCCUAGAACAAACCCAGAUGUGAAAAAGGCCAUAAUUAAGCCAUUUGAAAGCUAACUUUUUCAUGUUGGUAGCCCUAUAUGACUGGGCUGCUGUUCUUAAUAAGAAAUCUAGAUGUAUUGCCCAUUGACUGACAGUAUUCCUCUUUGAAUCAUCUGUAUAUAAUAAUGACUAUAUUGUUUCUA